UUUCAAGAAUGGGCACAACACAUGCAUGGUCCAGUAUACGUCUAGGUGCGCUGCAGUGUUGAUGGUCAAGUAAACUGAUUGUGCUUUUAUGUUUCAUGCAGCCUGCAGGACAUUUUUAGUGCAUCUUCAUAUUGGUGAUAUUUCUUCAUCAUGAACGGCGCCAGAGCUUCCCCGGUCGUGCUGGAUUGUGGAACAUUGAACUGCAAAGCUGGGUUUGCUGAGAUCUCCAAACGGGCCCCAGAUUUUGUGUUCCAGACCUGUGAGCCAUUUCAGAGCUCCGAUGCCGGCGAAGCACCCAGCCCCAUUCAAAAUGGGCACAUUGAAGACUGGGACAGCAUGGAGGUGCUUUGGGACCACAUUUUCAAGGAGAAGAUGAAGAUUGAUCCCUCGGAGCAUUCUGUGCUUCUCAGCGAGCCUGACGGGAACCUCUCCGAAUCCCGCAAGAAGAGCCUCCAGGUUUUCUUUGAGAGAUUCAAGGUGCCGGCCUUGCAUCUUGCCAACCAGGGAAUGCUGUCGCUGUACUCCAUCGGUCAGGCAAGUGGACUGGUCAUCCAAUCUGGCCACGGUUUUACAAACGUAAUGACGGCCCGCGACGGGCACCGGCCAACCUUUGGAAGGGUACCGCUAAUGUACGCGGGCCGCAAAAUGACCGAAUACACCCAAGAAGUCAUUGCGGCAUCCCUGAGGGAGCAGUACAGUCUCGACAUCAAGACGGUAGACUUUGAACUAGCUGAAAAGUUCAAGGAGGAACAUGGAUAUGUCCGAAUGCAGGGAGAAGGCAAACCAUCUCGCAACAUGGUCGCAUUGGACAUUAGGGGCAAGACGUAUUCUGUUGAUGCAGGGGAAAUAGGUGCCAAGAUUGGAGAGGCUCUUUUUGACCCAUCUGUUUUGGGUCUGUCCUGUUUUGGUUUGGCCAAGGCCGUGAUGGAGAGCAUUGAAUUAUCUGAUGAUGAGGACUGGAUGGACGAAGUCUAUCUCAAGAAUAUCCUGCUAGCCGGAGGGAACACCAUGUUCAAGGGCUUGCAAGAAAGGCUUUCCACAGAAGUCGACAAAAUGAAGUUCCAGCCGUUUAUGACGGUAAAUGUAAAAGCACCACCGCACCGUGCCUUCUCCAACUGGGUUGGUGGUUCUGUCAUAGCCUCCCUUCCGACCUUUGACCCCUGCUGGAUCACGAAGCAGGAGUAUGAAGAGUACGGCCCAGAUAUUUUCCGGCGAAAAUGUCUGCCAUACUAAAAAAAAAAAAAAAAUUUAAACUAUC